AUCCCAUACAUAACACUUUUUCCACAUGUGACAACACUGCCAGAACGUCAUGGGAGUCUUCAUUCUACUACAGUAGGAGGGCUAGAUGCUGUCUAUCUCAGCCAAUAGCAGCUGUGACAGCCGGACGGGAGGAGCAGGCGAUCUCGCGAGAGGAUGUGAAGCCCGUGUAUGGAAGACAACAAAAAAAAAAAAGUAAAUCUGACUGAAAGCUUCCCAAGGAGUCAUGAUGGCGGCCGAGCCGCCCGUCAGCCCGGACAAGCGAGCCACGGCAGCCCUGCUGAAGAGCGAGCUGAGCCGGCCAGAUAAGAGCGCCGGGAUGGAGCGGCUGAACGAGCUGCUGGACGGGGUGCUGGGUGCGGACGGACCGGCCGGGGAAGCCCUGGACUGGUGCAAGUGCCUGCUGGCCGGAGGUGACAACUUCGAGGACUUCUGUCAGGCGGUGCGCUCCUAUGAUAACGCCACCCUGUGCGGCCUGGUGUGGACGGCCAACUUCGUGGCCUACCGGUGCCGGACGUGCGGUAUCUCCCCGUGCAUGUCCCUGUGCGCCGAGUGCUUCAACCAGGGCGAGCACGCAGGGCACGACUUCAACAUGUUCCGCAGCCAGGCUGGGGGGGCCUGCGACUGCGGCGACAGCAAUGUCAUGAAGGAGACCGGGUUUUGUAAGAGGCACAGAGUAAAGUCGCAGUCCUGUGCACCAUCCAUCCCCCACGACUUGUUGGUGAUGUCGGAGCUGGUUAUCCCUCGCUUCGUCUUCUAUCUCAUUCAGUCCUUAAGGGAUGGGUAUAGCGAGCCAGCAACAGAUGUAACGUCCGAGAGAGAUCUUCAGAAAAUCUUACAAGUGUUGGAUCCACAGAUCUCCUUCCUUGAAGAUUUAACAAAAAUGGGUGCAGCGAUGAGGUCGGUCCUCACCCAGGUCCUAACCAACCAGCAACAUUAUAAAGACCUGUGCUGUGGUCCUGGAGAAAAUGUAUGUGCCAAGAGUCAUGAAAAGUAUCUAAUCGCUCUUAAGGGCUCUGGUCUGGCAAUUCCAGAGGAGAAAAUCUCCAGUGGGGUACAAGAGUCAUCACCCGGAACCAGCGCUUUAACAGUUCAAGAUGUCGCCAGUGGCAAAGGGACACCAGAUCCAUCGGAUUCCUCAGAUGAGGAAGAACAGGAUGGCAGACAGUGUGUUGGCAAAAGAAAGCGAGUGAAACUAAGCAGUAGCACCAAAGAUCAGUCUAUUAUGGAUGUUCUAAAGCAUAAAAGUUUUCUAGAAGAAUUACUAUUCUGGACUAUCAAGUAUGAAUUUCCACAGAAAAUGGUCACAUUCUUACUCAACAUGCUACCAGACCAGGAUUAUAAGAUAGCUUUUACAAAAACAUUUGUCCAGCACUAUGCUUUCAUCAUGAAAACAUUAAAGAAAAGCCACGAGUCGGACACGAUGUCUAAUCGCAUUGUACACAUUAGUGUCCAGCUCUUCAGCAACGAGGAACUGGCACGCCAAGUGACCGAAGAGUGUCAGCUCCUGGACGUAAUGGUCACUGUCCUCCUCUACAUGAUGGAAAGCUGCCUUAUUAAAAGUGAAUUACAAGAUGAAGAAAACAGCUUGCAUGUUGUUGUAAACUGCGGAGAAGCUUUAUUGAAGAACAACACCUACUGGCCCCUCGUUAGUGAUUUUAUCAAUAUACUUUCCCACCAAAGUGUAGCCAAAAAAUUUCUGGAGGAUCAUGGAUUAUUGGUUACAUGGAUGAAUUUUGUGUCUUUCUUUCAAGGUAUGAAUUUAAAUAAACGGGAGCUCAGUGAACAUGUGGAAUUUGAGUCCCAGACCUACUAUGCUGCAUUCGCUGCAGAACUAGAAGCCUGUGCCCAACCAAUGUGGGGACUCCUUUCACAUUGUAAAGUUAGGGAGACACAAGAAUACACAAGGAAUGUUGUUAGAUAUUGCCUUGAAGCACUUCAAGAUUGGUUUGAUGCCAUCAACUUUGUAGAUGAGCCUGCCCCAAAUCAGGUGACCUUCCACUUGCCUCUGCACAGAUACUAUGCCAUGUUUUUAAGCAAGGCUGUAAAAUGUCAAGGAAUAGAAUUAGAUUCCAUAUUGCCCGACCAAGAAAUGCUGAUGAAAUUGAUGAUUCACCCGCUCCUCAUACAGUCGAGUCUGUCUGAAAUACACAGCAACAUGUGGGUUCGAAAUGGCCUGCAGAUAAAAGGGCAAGCUAUGACGUACGUGCAGUCCCAUUUCUGUAACUCCAUGAUCGACCCAGACAUUUACCUACUACAGGUCUGUGCGUCAAGGCUGGACCCGGAUUACUUCAUUUCUUCUGUGUUUGAAAGGUUUAAAGUAGUUGACCUGUUGACAAUGGCUUCCCAGCACCAGAACACCGUGCUUGACUCGGACCACGAACGAUCGAUGCUUGAGGGAGCUCUGACGUUUCUUGUCAUUCUUUUGAGUCUUCGUUUACAUUUAGGAAUGACCGAUGAUGAGAUUCUUCGAGCAGAGAUGAUUGCCCAGCUUUGUAUGAACGAUCGCACACACAGCUCCCUCCUUGACCUUAUAUCCUUUAACCCUAACCCCAAAAGCGGGGUCAUUCCAGGCGGUUGCAGCUUUGAAUCCAUGUUGUCAUCAGUCGCUGAUUUUAAAGCUCCCGUGUUUGAGCCCGGAGGCUCCAUGCAGCAGGGAAUGUACACCCCAAAGAGUGAAGUAUGGGAUCAGGAAUUUGACCCAGUGAUGGUGAUUCUUCGCACGGUGUACCGGAGGGAUGUACAGUCUGCCAUGGACAGAUACAUGGCUUUCUUAAAGCAGACUGGUAGGUUUUCUGGAAACCCAUGGCCUCCUUAUAAGAAGAGAAGUGCGCUUCAUCAGGAUUAUAAAGGACUCAUGAGGCUGUUGCACUGCAAAACCUUGCACAUAGUGUUGUUUACACUCCUUUACAAGAUUCUAAUGGACCAUCAGAAUAUGUCGGAACAUGUUCUUUGCAUGGUUUUAUACCUCAUGGAACUGGGAUUGGAAAACUCCCCUGAGGAAGAACCGUUUGAAGAGGAAUCCGCGGGUCAGCAGCGUUGCCAUGACAGUUGGUUCCCUGGCAGUGAUCUGCUGUGCAAUAUGCGUCACUUCAUUAACUACGUUAGAGUGCGGGUUCCCGAAACUGCUCCGGAGGUGAGGAGAGAACCGCCAGCAAGCACCAGCUCUGACAGCUCCCCAUCAGGACAUGGCCCAAGGCGCCCAUCUCUACUCCAGAGAGAGAAUUCAGGUACGGCUCAAGUUUUCAGCUUGGUCGCUGAACGUCGGAAGAAAUUCCAGGAGAUUAUCAACCGUAAUAAUAGCGAAGCUAAUCAGGUUGUACGGCCGAAAUCUUCAGCUCUGAAGUGGACAGCGCCAGGAUCAACUCCUCAGCUAACCACGGUCAUUUUGGAGGUGAAAGAGAGCAUGUUGUCUUUGCUUAUCAAACUACACCAAAAACUGUCCGGAAAGCCUAAUUCCUACUCUCCUCCUUGGUUGGAUGAUCCAGAUUGUCUUGUUCAGCCUGAUUUACCCAAGUAUGCUCAUGGUGAUGGUGUGACGGCAGUAGAAAGAAUCUUGUUGAAAGCUGCAACCCAAAGCCGUUUAAACCGGCAAAGUAUUGAUGAAAUAUGCAGGAAGACUGCGCCUCCGACUCCCCCGAAAAAAAGCAGUCCCGCUGAGAAGAAGACUUUGGACAAGGAAGAAAGGCGGCAGAAAGCCAGAGAGAGGCAGCAAAAACUGCUUGCAGAAUUUGCUUCGAGACAAAAAAGCUUCAUGGAAACGGCAAUGGAUAUUGAAUCACCUGAAAGUGAUGUUGCCAUGGAGAUAGCGGCGUCCGAACAGCAAGUUUCUGAAGCCAUUUGUGACUGUGUUAUUUGUGGUCAAAGCGGCCCUUCAACUGAAGACCGGCCCAUCGGGCUAGUUGUUCUAUUACAAGCAACAUCUGUUUUGGGUCAUCGGCGUAAGGGUUCAGAGCCUACAAAACUUCCAACGAUGGAAGAGGAGCAAAUAUACCAGGAAGGAACAUGCGCAGCAGUACAUGAUGUGAAGCUCUCCAUAUUACAGCGCUACUUCAAGGAUAGCUCGUGUCUUCAGUCGGUGUCUAUAGGCUGGGAAGGUGGCGUAUACGUGCAAACCUGUGGUCACACACUACAUAUUGAUUGCCAUAAGUCUUAUAUGGAAUCAUUAAAGAAUGACCAAAUUCUGCAGGGCUUCUCCGUCGACAAAGGAGAAUUUACGUGUCCUCUAUGCAGGCAGUUUGCAAACAGCGUCCUUCCUUGCUUUCCAAGCAACAACGGGGAAAGAUGGCAGCAUCACAGUCACAGCAGCAAGAGCCUGCGCGAGCUCAUCAGAGAGGUGGAAGAGCUACAAGAGCAGCUGGGAACUUUCCCAGUAAGCAUCAGUUCAGAAACCAAUUUAAGCAAAGAAAUGGAGGCCGUCAUGAAAGACAUCAAAAACACUACCCAGAAGAAGUACACAGACUACAGCAAAACUCUCGGCUCUCCGGACAACGACUUCCUCUUCAUGUAUUCCGUGGCCCGAACAAAUCUUGAACUGGAACUUGUCCUUCGCGGAGAUAACUUGUGUUCUGGAGGUGCCAGUCCUGCUGGGAAAAGAUCAUGUUUAAAUCAACUGUUUCAUGUACUGGCCAUGCACAUGCGGCUCUACAGCAUUGAUUCGGAGUACAAUCCAUGGAAGAAACUCACUCAAAUUCUGCAGAAUAAAUCUUCAGAAUCAAACAAUGACGACCGGGCUGAGGUUCCAUUACUGUUUCGAGAUGUGACCUCGCUUUUACUCAUUCAAGUUUUGACCAUGCCCCAGCCUCUCCGGAAAGAACAUUUUGUCUGCAUUGUGAAGGUACUUUAUACAUUGCUGUACACGCAGGCGAUGAUUUCACUCACACUCAAACUCCGUGCCGAGGAGCGUGCAUCUUGGAGAGAGUCCGGAUUUCAUAAGAGGAGUUCAUACACUUCAGGCAAAUCUUGGGAAGCGUUGCUGGGUUUUGUUAUUAGUGAAUUAUCUGCAGGGAAGAUUUACCAAGAUGAAGAAACUGAAGGUGCAUCUGUAACAAGCUUUGCGGUUUGGUCUUUGCAAUCUAUUGAACAACACUUAAGGCAAUUCUGCCUACCCUUCCUCAGGAUAACCAGCCUUCUCCAGCACUACCUUUUUGGAGUGGAUAUACCAAGCUGUCAGGAAGAAGAUGAAUUUGCUGCCCUGUCCAGCUAUCUGGGACUGUUGCCACCGGCCCUUCAAGAAUCGCAUCACUUUCUCAGUGCCUGCUGCCUCGAUUGGCCAGUAACAGACUUUGAUUUGCUAUCACAGUGGUGUUCAGAACUUGCGUUAUUUUCCGAGACACAUCCAGAACAAGUCAAUGUCUUGCUUGUUCACGAUACCAAGUGGGAAUUGCCACACCUUCUUCAGUUGCCAGAGAUCUACAAUACAAUUUUUCAAUAUUAUCACAGAAAAUGCUGCAGUGUCUGCACGAAAGUUCCCAAGGAUCCGGCGCUCUGCUUAGUCUGCGGCACAUUUGUUUGCUUAAAGGGACUUUGCUGCAAGUCACAGAGUUACUGUGAAUGUGUAUCGCACUCCCAAAACUGUGGUGCAGGAACUGGGAUAUUCCUUCUGAUCAAUGCUUCCGUCAUCAUCAUCAUUCGAGGGCAUCGGUUUUGCCUUUGGGGUUCUGUAUAUCUUGAUGCACAUGGUGAAGAAGACAGAGAACUUAGGCGCGGGAAACCACUGUACAUCUGCAAGGAGCGAUAUAGGGUACUGGAGCAGCAAUGGGUGUCCCACACAUUUGAUCACAUAAAUAAGAGAUGGGGUCCUCAUUACAAUGGUCUGUAAACCCGCU